AUGCCAAAGCAAAAGCAAAGGAAAUCCAGAAAACGAAGUAGAAGAGAACCUUCCUCGUCUUCAACAACCAGUAGUUCUUCCGGCAGUUCUAGCAAUAGUAAUGGGCAUAAACAUAAGAGAUCCAGGUGUAAGUCAAGGGAAACCGUGAGUAGCGAACAUUAUUCUACUUUUACGAGGGCCGAUCAGGGAAUACAUAUUUCGAUGGUAAUUCCAGAAUUUGAUCCGAAAAUUAAUGACAUAUCAGAGUGGUUAGAGGUUAUCAAAUAUAAUGCAGAUAUUUACAAGUGGCCUGAUAGCCUUAUUAAGUGUCAUGCUUUGAAUAAACUCAAGGGUACAGCCAAAACCUGGUAUGACAGUUUCAUUCAGGGUGACUUGGGGUGGUCUAGUUAUGCUUGGGGCCAGUGGGAGGAUAUAUUGAAAAAUACAUUCCAGAGUACACGUAAUGCUUAUCAACUGUUGAUGGAAAUGGUGGGAGAUGUGGUAUUAACUAAAGUAACCAGCUUUUCAGCGAAUGAAGACAGUAAAAAGUUACGUCCUAAGUUUAGAGGACCAUUCAAGAUAGUUGAGGUUCUACCCAAUGACAGGUAUAGAGUGCAAGAAGAUCGUUUCACACAGAGGUCAAGGCGACCAUAUCAAGCUGUGGUAGACGUUCGGGACGAACGUGACGUCAGGAUGGCCGUGCAGUCCCACUCUAUGUCUGUCGCUGCUGAUCGGCAGAUCGACGGUGGCUGGGGGAAGAUGACAGGACGCCAAGACGCCAAUGCUCUGAACCGAUUCAACGCAGCGCAAUAAGACGUUAUAUUUGUUUGUUACUUAAGAUUGUUGGAAUAUAUGUAUUACUGCAAGUAGUAUUGAUCGACUAGCGG